CAAGCCUUUGCCUAGGCGACCAUCGAAGCUUAGCACCGCCCACCCGUCCCGUGCCAGCCCUGAGGGCUCCGCCGGAUGCGACGCGCGGGGCGCCUGCCAGCCGCAUUCCCUCUACUGCGCCCCGUUCCCUGCGAUCUUUUUCUCUGGCAGUACUGCGCCCAUACUGCAUCGCUCAACCGCACCCUCCCGCGCUCCGUCGUUGUGCGCCCACGCUCCGCAAACGAUCCCUAGCGCCGACUGCGAGCUGCGCGCAUCGACAGCCCCGAGUCCCGAGCGACGCCGCGCGCGCGAACGAGACGCAGCGCAACGAGACGCGCAGGCCAUGGCCCAGGAGAAGGAGGACAGCGGCAUGGCCGAGACACACCCGGGCCCGGCGACGGGCGCCCCGUCCGACGCCGCAGGGCCGGACGAGCCGGCCUUCGAGGCGCCCAAGCCGCAGAAGAGCAGCACCAGCGAGAGCCAGGGCCCCGAGGGGGGCUAUGAUGACACGCCUAUCCCGCGCAGAGAGCCCGGGUACACGGUCAAGUUCACCUUCCACCGCGCCAACAACCUGCCGCUGGCCGACAUCAACACCCUCUCCGCCGAUCCCUUCAUCCUCGCCGAGCUGAUGACGGCCCUGCCUACCCGCCACAAGGAAGACCCGCCCUUGACCCUGCGCACCCGCACCGUGCGCCAGAACACCGACCCCGAGUGGAACCAGGAGUGGAUCGUCGCCAACGUGCCCGCGAGCGGCUUCCGCCUCAAGUGCCGCAUCUACGACGAGGAUCCGGCCGACCACGACGACCGUCUGGGCAACGUCCACGUCGAGGUCGCCUCGGUCAACGAAAACUGGGCCGGCAUCCACCAGCAGGUGUUCCCGCUGCGCAAGCGCAUGGUCAGCAAGCGUGCCUUUGUGCUGCGUGCCGUCGCUGUCUGUAUCCGCAAGGCUCAGCACAUGACCGGCACCCUGACCGUCAGCGCCGAGGUCCUGGGCCGUACGCAGGACGAGCACGGUGGCCGCGUCUACACAAUCGGGCCCCAGUUCUGGAUACGCCACUACUCACCGCUGCUGGGCCGCCUGCUGGGCCAGAAGGAGCCCGACGAAUCGGGCAGCGUGUCGCGCCGCACUGGCAAGACCAAGGCUGAGCGAUACAACUUCCAAUCCAACCAGCUGCAGCUGCGCGGCCCGGUCCCCGAGCACAUGUACCACCGCUACGUCGUCUUCAAGCCCUUUGUCAAGAGCAUGUUCACUGCCAAGGGCGUGCGCGGCUUUAUCCUCUCCAAGGCCCUUCACCAUCAGCACGCCCGCGUCUACAACUUCGACCACGCGACAGAAUAUAAGGAGUUCGCAGAGCCCUGCAAAGCCUUUACGCAGAAGUUCCUCGAACUUGUCCACUACGACCAAGGCGGGCGGAUCUUUACGUACGUCCUGACCCUGGACGGACUCUUCCGCUUCACAGAAACCGGCAAGGAGUUCGGCAUCGACAUGCUGUCCAAACACACUAUGCACAGUGAUGUAGCAGCAUAUAUUGCCUUCUCCGGCGAGUUCUUCGUUCGGCGCCUCAAGCAUCCGAACAAAUCUCCCGAGGACCCAAGCCAACAGUCACACCCUCCUCAGGACAUGGAUGACGGGCCUCCCAAACAGGAGCCCAAGACCGAUCCUGGCUACUACGAACUCAUCAUCGAUAACGACAGCGGCACAUAUCGUCCCAAUGCCCAGCUACUCCCACAGCUGAAAACCUUCUUCGCCUCUAAUUUCCCUGGCCUGCAUAUCCGAACCCUCGACUGCCAGGGCGAUGCCGAGAAGAUGGAGCAAAUGAAGAACGAGCAGCGCGAGAAAAAGAAGAAAGAAGGCGACCAAGUAAUCUACACCCAAGCAUCGCGCUCAUCGUCCAUCUCGAGCUCCGACAUCUCGGAGCUGGACCAUCUAGAGCAGGCUGGCGAGUACCAGGAGGGCCAUCUGCGGCACCAAGUCCAGGGCGUGGCUGGCGCAAAAGCCGGCGCGCUCAAGCACCACAUGGCAGACUUCACGCCGAGCCAGAAUCACGAGGGCUGGCGCGGCAAACACCACGAUGUCGAUCAGGAUACGGAGGAGGUCCGGCGCCAGCGUCAGGAGAACGGCGAUGCGAAGGAGAACGAGCAGACGGGCCGCAACGACGCGGAGAAUGGCGCGCAGGUGCAGCCUGGCCAGACGGGCCAGACGGGGCAGUCAUGACGACGCGAUCGAGUGUGAUGCGAGUUUUCCCUGCUUGUGUUUAUGUUUCCUGCCCAGCAUGCGCUUGUUCUCGUAGAGUUGAGCGGCAUGGUAUGUUCCCCCAAUGGCAGAGCGGGGGCUGACCGGUUCCCGUGUCUGCAAUUGGUUUGGUUUGGUUUGGUUUGGUUUUCCGCCGGAAAAAGCGUGGAGGGCAAGUAAUCUGGACGCUCUCUGCUCGAGAUACCCACC